AUGCACAGAAUUGUUGACGAUCUUCCCUUUACAGCAGAUGCUGUUAAAUUGUGCUUCGGGUCGUUACACGAUUGCUUCGAAGUUCUGCUUACGGGUGCUUCCGCUGAGACAAGCAGCUUAAUGUCUAGCCUCAUGAUUAAAAUGGCAAAGCAUAACCUGCCUGAAGCAAUGUUACCAUAUGCAAACAGGAAACUACCUAAUCGAUUAAAGAUUCAUUGGCCUGGUUGCUUGGAAACAGCCCUGAGUUUGCUUGUGGCCCUUUCACAUGACUGCUAUCGUGGUGGACAUGAACAUCCUGAAAACUUUACCAGCAAACAAGAAAAUAAUCCGUGCAUCGCUGGAUCUGUUGAGGCAAUUGUGAAGUAUAUAGAAGAAGCAAACCACAUAAAAUAUCUCAUGUCUUGUCUCGUCGCCCUCCAGGACCUAUCUCCAAUUAUGGAAAGCAGACUAUUGGAACCAUAUAAACAUACUAUUGUUGAUGCUUGUUAUCGCGUUGGAAUUGGAACUAAAGUUUUAUGGAAAGAUAUGUGGAUGGAAGUCGCUGCCAAUUCUAGUCCAUAUUCAAAACUAGCCGUGAAAAUGGACUUUCGAAAAUGGUUGGACGCCAUUUCAAGACAAGUGAUGCCGAAAAAUAUCAGAUCGAAACCGGUAUCGAUGUCAUCGUUACAGGACACUGACUAUCUCUCCUCCGAUCGAAGCUCCAGUUCGCUUACAACCAUCAGCAGCAGUUCUUCCGGGAAACCCCCCAUAUUAGACUCUGUGACUGAUUCAACAUCUGCACCAUUACAAGUUUCAAGUCCCGACCAAAACGGUGAUCAUCAAAGUUUGACGAAGGAAACUAACGCCCCAAGUGACCAGUCCUUAGAUGAGGACAAAUCUGUGAACGAAUCUACUAACUCAGAACUGAGUUCGACAUCCACAUCCACCAGCUUCUCCCACGCAUCGGAUAACAGAACCCAAAUGGUCUCAAAAAGUUUGCCCAGGCAAUAUGAAGUUUUCGACUCGGUAGCCUCGUAUCCUAAUGCAGUGAUCAGAAAACCAACUCCAAUCAAAACGAAUGAAUUGCGAAUUAUUAGCGAUACAAACCCAUCCGGGGUAAGACGAGUACAAUCGGUGAAAUACUCAGAACAGCCAUCAACAGAGGAAAACGAAAAACGCGUCGUAGCUGUGCAACGAUCUCAUUCAAGUUAUAGACCAGGGCAAGUUACUUUUCGAUCUAUCUCAUCGAGAACAAAUCCAAAUCAGAUCAAAGUGCACACACUAUCAUCACCACAACUCUCACCGCUUGAUUCACAAGACCCUAUUCAACGAUUUCAUCAACGUUACUACGAUAAACUGCUACAGUACAUAAAUGCUUUACAAAGUCAGUUUCCUCUACCUUUUGCUGUCAGUUAUCAGAACCCAGAGAAAAUACGCAAAGGUCAAAAAGGAAUACCCAAGGAUUUUGUUUGGUUUGUGAAUCAUUAUGACUAUCAGUCCAGGGACCGCAAAAUAGAAGGUAGUAUGGAUUCAUGUGGUGUUUCCACUACGCUGAACAGACCAGAUCGACGUGAGCUGCAUCUUCACUUUGCUUGUUCUCAUCGACAAACACAAUGCAUCUAUCCGGGACGCAAUCUUUCCACUUGUUUUGACGUGAAAACAAAAUAUCCACUGUUAUGGUUGCAAGUAAGUGAAUGCCAGUCUCCCCUAACAUGGUGA